AUGGAUGUACGAUUGUUAUUAAUUAUCUUAUUAUCAGUAUUAUGCCAAUUAGUUAUUGGUAGUUUAUCGUCUACAUUUUAUAUUUGGUUAAAUGGUACAUACGGAGAAUUACAAGCGGAUCGAUUACUUCGUGAUGAUUUAGAUUUUGGUAGUAGUUUUGGUGGUGAAAAUCAUACCGUUAAUGAGAAGACAAAAAAUGAACCAGUGAUUUUGAUACAUGAAAUAACAAAUAAGAUCGAUCUGUUCAAUCCUAUCAGGAUGUAUUUCCUUGAACAUAAUUAUGAUGAUGACGAAGUAUACGAUAUAGCAUUUGGUGAUGCAGGUAUAACUGGUAUUUUAUUCGAUACAAUGAAAUGUGAUUAUGUGAAAAAGGUACGAGAGCUAAUUCAAUCAGUUAGUGCAUAUGCAGCAUCUAAGGUUGAUAUUAUUGCAUAUUCAAUAGGAUCACCAAUUGCACGAAAGGCUAUAAUGGGUGGCAUAUGUGUUGAUGAUGAUUCGAAUAAUUUGGGUCAUCCAUUAACCGAACUUAUCGAUACAUUCCUUAGUGUUGCUGGCAUCAAUUAUGGCACUCAGUUUUGUAUUUUCCCAUUUGGUAGUUGUAACAUUUUGAAUGGAUUACAUUGUUUGUCGAGAUUUUUGAGUGAUGUCAACUCAAAGAAACAUUAUGAAGGAAAGCAUGUUUUUACGUUAUAUUCGAAAAAUGAUGAUAAAGUAAGCUAUCGUUCAUGCGGUAAAUUGACAAGCGGAAUUGAUGGUGAAGACGGAAAAUUUGAAGUGAGCUUUUCUAACUGCCCUAAUUUCGGAUUUAACAAAAUCACUGAUAACGAAAUACGAUGA